CCUCAAGAGCAUAUUUUAGUUCUCUGUCUUCCUGUGUUCAAUGUCAAGCCCAAAUAAAGGCUCGUCUUCAGUUUGAGAUUCAGUACCGUCUCCUCACAUGUGUCUGCUCUUGGGUCCACCUCACACACUCCACACGUGACAGCACGACGCAACCAUGUCAGACCAAGAAAGAUAAUCAAGGCGGUGGAACUGUGAUGUUGCCAGUGGACGCAAAGCUCUGGAGAGGAGGAUGGGGAGGAGGUACUUGACCUGCUGUGGGUAAGUGUCGCUGGUUUUCCUUGGUUAUGGGAGGCAGUACCUCCCCUGAUCUCGGACGACAUCCACACCAUCCUCCAACCCCGUCCUCAGCAGCAGCUGUCCAGCACGUUGUUGUGCUGUCACAGCCCCGCUGUCGCGCAGUUUCUUCGCCGCCAUCUCUGCAGCCUUGAAAGCCCGAGGCCGUUAGAGUUGGCUCGCUGAGGUUCGCCACGGCGCCUCAUCCUUCAGCACCAUCACUGCCUCUCAGCUCGUCAGUCACCACAUCCUCACCAGAGACUAGCUGCACUCCCUCCACUGUUCAGGGCACGUUGGACUCCAUAGACUUUAAUCAGAAUGAGUGGCAGCAAGCUACAUGUGCUCUGCUGGAGGAAGAGCCCCGGUGGAAGCCGUGGCUCACCCCUAACUAUGAGUGCGUUUUGUGGGGAACUUGCCUGGCUCUCGGGAGCCCCCGAGCUACCAGGGACUCCCAUCAAUCGCUCUGCCGGCUCCCACUGUCAAGAGAAAGCAGUGUGCUCGUUGCCAACACUCUGCACAACAGACGGUGAGGGACUUUGUUUUUGCCCCUAACGUCUUCUGUAAAGGGGAGAUUAUGACAAGUACUGUGUUGCCGGUUGAUGGGCCUGGCUUUAAGGAAAAAGUUCAUGUCAAGCAGACAUCAAAGACUGACAUUACUCCUGCCAUGGCACUCAGGAACAAGAUGACUGUAAGUGGGGCAGCUAGCAGCAAUUCCGCUAGCACAAGGGCUAUUAUUGAGCCACAAGGGAUGGCUUCCACAGACUGUCUUAUUCCACUAUACAUUUAUUUAGGCUCUCAGUGUGUUGAUCUUGCUUAAGACUGUUCUGUUAUCGAGUCUGUAAAUCAAAUGUUGACAAUGUGCAAUCCAGGGUUAAAUCAUGUACUCUCUGACACAGAUUCCAGGGAAUGUUAUGCUUUGGCUAGCCCUUGUAAUAGUAGGUCUGAUCAUGAAAUCUAAGUAAUGUGCCCAUGAAGAAUGAUAUGAGUAUUCUACAUGAAACAGAACUGAGUAAUUCUAAGUCUGAGAUUUUGUCUGAUUCAUACCAUGUACUCCUAAGCACUGAGUUUAAUUGUUCAGAGGAAGCAACUAAAGAAAACAUAGCUCAUGUAAACAGCGCUGUAGAAUCAGAGACUGUCUUCAGUGUUGCUUCUAUAACUGAGCCUCAAGAAAUUAAUGUUUUGGACCCCAUGGUUAAUCAGUGUUACCUGUCACUGAAGACAACUCGGAAGGCCAGUGAGGGACUGAACCUUCUAACUCCCAGUUAAAUGACUCCGAAUCUGAGAUUAGUGACCAUGAACUCACUCUAGUUGGUAAGGUCGCCACUAUGAAUUCUGGGUAUGGGAACUUUGUCUCUGAGAUACACCCUUCUUGAUUUCAUGACAACAGAGCUACUGUUUCCUCCUCUGCCAUGAGUAAUUCUUUUCGGGACUUACAGCCAGGUGGUGAACUUAAGAACUGUGAGUUCAUGGACAUGUUAUUUAAGAAUGUAUCUUGUGUGUCAGAAUAUGCUCAGCCAGAAUCUGUCAUGACUCAUGCUAAAGGGGCUAUGAAUAACUCGGGUUGUAUUCCUUGUUCUGAGAGUUUUAAACAGGCUGUGUUGGCUGAGCUGACUUCCUCCAUGAAUGUAACGCCGUCAAGGUCAUGUCAUGAGUCAGAGACAACUGUGUCUGGCUCCACAGAGAAAACAACCAAGGACAACAGAAACCACGUUAAUGACUUAGUAAAAUCUAGUAUUGUUUCUUGUGUUGCUCCCUUAGCCGCACCUCAUGAGGCUUAUGAGGCAGAGGCUCAUGUUCAGUGUACUUUGGAUUUCUGUGAAAUGAAGAAUAACACUGUGUGUGAUAUAGGCCCAGAACCUGAUAAUGUACACCUAGGUAAUGUUUCCACUAGCAGCAAUGUGAAUAUUGUUCACGUGACCAGGUUAAUUCACUUUAAGUCUGAGACAAUGAACGGCUCAGGACCUGGGAUCAUUAAGACUGUUCACUUCGUGGAUUCUAGUUUGGAAGCUGUGGGCACUAAGGGCUCUUUUACACCUGCCAUCUCAGACUAUCGAGUUAUGUCCCAACAGACUGUUUCUCCCCAGGCUUUUGCUCAGCUACCUACCAAGCUUUUAGCUCAGCCUCCUGUUCAGUCAGCAGCUCAGCCUCUCACGCCCCUAUCAAUCACGUCAGCUGAGGUUUCCGGAGAACCACUCCAGCGUCAUGCCUUGUCAGCUGGAGGGUCCAAGGAGCCUGUCCAGCAUCAUGUUUCAUCAGCUUGGGGUUUAGGUGAACCGCUCCAGCUUAAUGUCUCGUCAGCUGGGGGUUCCGAGGAGCCGCUCCACCAUCAUGUCUCGUUCGCUGGGGGUUCAGAGGAGUCCGUCCAGCAUCAUGUCUCGUCAGCUGGAGGGUCUGAGGGGCUUGUUCAGCCAUCAGUGCCACCAUCCACACCAGCAGAUCCUCCACCUGCGGCUGCCACGCCGCCAUCUGAUCCUGGCUCAUCUGGUCCAGGCUCAUCUGGUCCAGCCUCGUCUGGUACUGACUUGUCUCGUCCUGUGAAUACCAUGUCGCCUGCACAUCCACGGCCCAUGCACCCGGCACCUGCCAAGCAACGUCCCAUGCACUGGCCGUCAACCAAGACAUGCAAGGCUCUUCAGCCACACCUACACCACCUCCAUUGCAGCCUUCCACAACGUCAACCUCCAAACCUGCCCCUUCGCAGUCGUCACUGCCUCCCACGUGGGCGGCACCUGUUUUGUUUUGGACUCUGGUGUUGUUGGCUUUUGGGUUGACCUCCUGAAUGGAGGCUUCAUGGACUUUUGGGCCGCCAACCUCCAGGUCGGACCCUUGAACUUCUAUAUUAGACUUUUGACACGGACUAUGACAGAA